AUGAGCACAAACCCAUCUCACAUUCUAAUCGCACGAAACUCGCGUGGUCACAAUCCAUCUGCUUCUCUCAGUUCACCCACAGAAACUCACGCAGCAGCAUCUGGCAUAUUCCGUUCAUCCACUUCUCCGCCCUGGCACUUUGAAGAAUGCGAAACGGACGACAUCGUUUCAGACCUCAGCAACGAAGACGGCGAGAACAACAACGAGGAAGCAAUCCAGCUCGACGAGACAUUUACUCGUAACAGCAAGUUUCCAGGAACAGUCAAAAUCAUCGUCGAAGCCACCACUUUCUGGGCGCAUAAAGAAGUCCUCUUCUUCGCUUCUCCUUUCUUUGAAGCAGCCCUGAGCGGCAACUGGUCAGAAACAGGUGGCAGACCACAGUCCAUAUCCUCAGUCAUCACCAUCUCUCAGCCGCCCUCUGACCCGGCUAACAAAGAACAGCAUGAUAUACCCACCGAAAUGACGUUUGCGCCUAUGGACUCCGAGGGAGAGGAAGGUCUCGAUGGCGAAGGAUACCCAGAUCCAGACGACGACAUUGAGAUCUUGACGGAUCCAGAGAACCUCAAGAGUGAUCCAGAGAGUAGCAGCGAUACAGAGUCUGCGAAACAAAGGGCUCGCGGAGACAGCCUUGCAAAACUGGAGGCUUCAUCCACAGCAGCAAAAAGUCCAACACCAUCACCUAGCAAAAGCACCAAGGAAAGAGACCCUUCUGCAACGCGCAAGAAGAAACUCUCUCCGGCCCUAGCCACCAUUCGUCGAAGAAUGAAGAAUGGACCUGACGCUGUCAUCGUUCUCAAGGAAGAAAAGGCAACUACAUUCCACGAUUUUCUCAAAUUCGUAUAUCCCCACCUCGAAUGCACGAUAACAUGGAACAACGUCGAAGGACUGAUGAACAUCUCCCACAAGCUCUGCGUUCCAACGCUCCAACGCGAAUGCCUCUCCUUCCUCCUCACUCAUGCAGCCGGCCGACCCAUCAAAGCUAUGCGCAUCGCAGAACUGUUCGAAGAAGAGGAACUAUACCGCGAAGCCAGCCGAUUCGUUCUGGACAACCCUGGCGGCUGGUCUGAACAUGAAUUGAACACGCUCUCCCAAGAAACAUUACUAAAGUUGGAGAAGAGGCGAAAUUGGUUCUUGGAGAGGGUGUUAAAGCUGGGAUUGACCAUGAUUGCAAAGGAGUACCAAUGUUGCCCGACAUGCCCAGAUCCAGCAACUUGUGCCCGUCUCCUCGACGAGAAAUGGAGACAAGCAUACCACGCCGUAUUCAGAUUCGGCCCACCACAGCCAUCCAUGGUCUUCCGCUACCUCCGAAUGCUGGAGGGCGUAAGCCCCCCACUCUCACUGACCCAAACGGCAUGUCAAGCAAGUGCAAAAGCCUUCACCGCAACCCUCUUUGACAGAAUGUUCUCCCUUGGACUCCGCGGCAGCGGCACAGAGACCACACCCAUAGGCGCCCGAGUCGCAGUAGCAGCAGUAGCAGGUGCGGCUUCAGGUCCUCGAAGGCACUUUCUCUAUUGUGCGCUCAAGAACGAGUCACCGCAAAAGAACAAGAGGACGAGGUCCGACCAGACUUGA